CUUCCAAUCCAAUUUUUCAUCAGUUUCAUUGAAGAAAAAGUCUCGCUCGGUUGUGUCAUCGUUGAAUACGCGCACGCAGCAAGUAAUAUCGUAAAUAUUGAAAAUUCACCGAGUAGGGAGCUACAGCACAACAUUUCCACAAAUCGGAACGGGAACGGUGUAGGGCGUCGAUUAUUUUCGGAUACGCGGAUUUGGUGUGGCAAUUCCCGACGGUCGUCGAGUCAUCAAAUUGUCAGACAUCAUCCAGUUUUAUACAGGAACGCGAUCCACGAAAGUUUCAACUGGUGGUGGAACCUUUUAGGUGAACUGACCAGUUUGGAUAUCUCAGUUUCCAGAUGUAAUCCAAAUAAUUAAGUUCAAUUCCACCGUAAGAAUUUGGAACAAUAAUUAUUGGAAGUUUUUUUUUCCUCCUUUCUAAAAAAUUGGUGUGGCCAAGUCUUGUUUUGUGCAGAUUGCGUAUGUGUCUGUGUCCUAUGUUGGGAAUAAGCUAAUCGAAGUGGCUUUAGCUAAUCUUCCGCUGAGCCAUCGAGAAUCGAGACACCAUAGCGCCAACGUAACGAUAAUAAUUGGCCACUUUUGGCAGAAGUGGGUAAGUUCCUGGGAAAUUUUCCCGAACCGAUAAGAGCCAAGUGGAGUCGUGAGCCAAUUUAAGCAGCUGGAGACCAAUCCGGGAAGGGCUGUUUCCAGAUUGACUUGAAGGACGGUCACAUAAUCUCCGACUAUACGGUGACGACUCAAGAGUGUUUGUAUUACUGUUAUUUUUUUGCUGUCGUCGAGUGCCUGUGAUGUGAUCAAGCUUCUCGCAAAUCUUUCAAGGAGUGGAAAGGUGAAAUCCACGCAAGAAGAAAGUGGCACACUAUAGCUUACUAGCUAGCCGAAAACAAAAAGAGAAAUCGCAAUCGAAUCGUCGAAGAUUCCGCAAUGUUUAUCUAUGGGAGCGGGUAAUGUACGCAGCAAAAGUAGAAGUGCGGUUUUGACGUAUCCGGAUAAUAAGAGCUGGUAUAAGGUGGAUUAAGUGAAAAAUAACAAGAAUGGGAGUCUGUCUGUGCAAGGACAAGGUGGAGGAAGGCUACCUGAAUGGGGAUAGUCGGGAUUCGUAUGCGGCCAGUGGGAACGAAAGUGGGGGAGAUGGCCAGAACCAGCACCAUCAUGGUCAUCAUCAUCACCACCACCAUCAUCUGGGGCGAGGGGGUGGUGGAGGACCCGGUGGAAUGGCCGGCAGUGGUGGGGUACGGUUUUGUAGCCGGAUGGACCACCGGAAGGUUUCGCUGUCAGACCAAGUAGACGAGCUGGUCAAGGAAACGCUUGACAUCAUUGGAUCGAUCGUGGACAAUGAACCGGAGCCCCCGAACUCGAUGAUUCUGCUUCACGAUAUCACCGACAAACCGUCCGGUUGGAUCCAGCUGGUCAAAUCGCUAAUCCGGGUGGUGCCGCUAGAGCAUCCGAUGGGGCCGAGCGUAAUUACCCUACUACUCGACGACAGUCCGCUGCCGACCAAGGAUUCCGUACUGGAGGUCGCUGACAUGAUAACGCACUCCAUCCGACGAACGCCCAAAAGGGAGCGAAAUUUGUGCGUGAUUCUCGGAUGUUUAGCGGAAAAGCUAGCCGGCCCCAGCAGUAUAGCGGUCCUGUCGGACGUCACACUGGGCUAUUUGCUCGGAAAUUUGGAUGAAGGCAUCAAUCCCGAUGUAAUGCUGUUCUCGUUAAUCGCUCUGGAGAAGUUUGCUCAAACCAGCGAAAACAAGGCAACAAUUAAGCGCAAGCUGGCCCUGUACCCGGAAAAUCCACUAUCACGACUGGAGCGACAUGCUGAUAGCAAGGAAUUUAUCUUCCGGCAAGUGGGUUUCUGUGCUCGGUGGUGUUUGGACAACUACUUUAUCAUCGAGGGCCGCAAAUACUCGUACGAGGUGGCCGAUGUGGCCAACGUGAACGUCAUGCUGAACACUCGGGACGUGAGCGAGUAUCUGAAGAUUUCUCCGGACGGUUUGGAGGCCCGUUGUGAUGCGUAUUCGUUCGAGAGUGUCCGGUGCACGUUCCAGGUCAACCAGGGCUGCUGGUACUACGAGGUGCUAAUCAUCACCCCCGGGGUGAUGCAGAUCGGAUGGGCCACCAAGGAUUCCAACUUCCUGAGUCACGAAGGGUACGGCAUUGGGGACGAUGCUUAUUCGAUAGCGUUCGAUGGCUGUCGCAAGUUGAUCUGGCACAAUGCUCGCUCGAUGCCACAUGAUUUGCACAUCUGGAAGGGUGGUUCGGUUUUGGGCUGUUUGCUAGAUCUGGAUGCCAGGGAAGUGAUCUUCAGUUUGGAUGGUGCCGAGGGUGGGAUUUUGAAGCAAGUAUUUGGCAGUGCUAAGGAUGGUUUCUUCGCGGCGGCCUCGUUUAUGUCGUUCCAACAGUGUCGGUUCAAUUUUGGUGCUACUCCCUUCGUGUAUCCUCCCAAGAAUCGUCAGUACAAAAGUUUCAACGGUCACGCCGAGAUGAAGGAUCAGGAUAAGAUCGUUUUGCCGAGGCAUCUUUUCCUGGAGCAGUUGCGCAAGUUGAGUGUGCGCGAAGAUUCCUGUACCUUGUGUUUCGAUAUGAAGGCUUCGAUUCGAUUAGAACCGUGCAAACAUCGCGGAUUCUGUACCAAUUGCGCCGCUCAACUUCAGUUCUGCCCGAUGUGUCGUGCAGAAAUCGUUAGUACGGUACAGGAGGAAGUAACUCCAGACAGUCCGGGGUCGGAUGAAGUCAUCGAGACGACCUGAUAGCGGCAACAAUCCUCGAUAGGAGUAGAUGAAGUUAAUCAGUUUUAAGCUAAGAAAAUAAUACUAGGUAGUAUGAAGGCCGCAUUCCUCCGACCGAAUACUAGAGCAAGGUAUCGACAUCGAUAGUAAAAUCUACCGAGGAGAAUAAAAACGGUUAGGAAAUGUUUUGGAAAAUCCAUUUAUUUAGUAGUCUGUAGAUCCAUUGCGGUGGGUUUACAUCUUCCCUAAGGCGGUUUGUUUUUUCGAGGACUUUUUUUACUAUCAAUGUCGAUAGGCUCUAUGUGGGUGUAGUAGGUAUAUCUAAAAAACAACAAUGAAUGAACGUUUCAAAUGAGUUUGAAUCGUGAACGAAAUACAGAAUAUAAGCAAAAAAAUAUUUGUGAUAAUAAAACAAACUAUAGAUAAGGAAAAGCUUACUCGUCUAAGCUUAUAGUCGUUGUGCACUGAUUGACCGAACACAUCAGAUAGGAACUGAAAGUUUGCCAUUUAAAAUACUAUUUAUGUUUCUCACUGCUCGAGAUCGUUACGUACUUAAGCGUAGAAGAGAAAACCAAAAAAAAAAUCGAAAAGCAAGUGCGUAUUCAGAAAAAAAAACCACUGUAGGUAGUGUGACUCCUCGAAAGUUUUCGUUUUAACUGUUGUUUUUUCUACAGAUGGCCUGCAGUCGUCUUCCGAAAUCCGAAACAAGAUUGUUUGAGUAGGGAUAACAUUACCGUACUUUUAUUUUCACAGAAAGCUCAUACAAAUCGUAGGAAAUCUUUUUAAACACUAAGUUAAACCUAACAAUCGUUUUUUUACCGAUUAGAUAGCAGCAAUGUAAAUCUUCAAACAAACACUAGCCUUAUUUUAUAUCAACUUUAUAUUGCUUCGUAUAAAAAUGAAUCAAUAACGGUUUUAGUUAGCGUCCUAUCGAAGAACCGCUGAAAGAGAUAACAUUUGAUAUUACACUGAAUUACAAAGCAAAAAUAGUUUCAUACAUUGUUUAAUCAGAGUAUUUUGAACAUGGAGAGUAAAGAGAGUAUCAUACAAAAUCCGACAUAGAAAUGAUGGAACAAUUGUACGAAAUCGAAAUGACUGAUAUACCUAUUUUUGUACGGAGCGAACAGAAGAUAAAUGAUUGAAGAAAAACCCUAUAUGUAUAGAACAAGAAUUGAUAAAUAGCUUUAAGCUUCGGAGGCGAACAAAAUGCAGAAAAGUACACACCAGACAUAACUAACACACAUACAAUCCAUUUUGUAACUCAUUCGGAAUGAUUAAAGGGAGAUAAUGUUAUACAUCCAUAAAAAGAACAUACAGAUCAUGCGGAUUACUGCAGCAGUUUGUGUUUGUCGGGAAUGAGAAUUAGUUAAAUUAAUUCGACAAAAUUCGACAGUGAAUCAUCAGUGACGUUAUCAGAAAUAUAUUUGAGAAACAU